AUGCUGGGAGAACCUUUUAUUAAUGGUGAAGCAGUACCAUAUGAUCCCAAGUACCAUGAGGAAUGGAUAAGAAACAAUAGCCGAGCAAAUGAGAGAAACAGACGCAAUGACAGACCUCGAAAUUAUGACAGAUCAAGGAACUUUGAUAGGAGGAGGGAAAAUAUGCAGAACCGAGAUUUUCAGAACAGGGCAGACAACUGGAGUGGUGGGCAGCCCAACAACAAGAGCAAUCAGAUGCCUCAUAAUUAUAAUCAGAUGCCGCCGCCACCACCUAACUACAAUCAGAUGCCCCCCAACAACAUGGGAGGUGUGCCACCAAACAACAUGAGAGGGAUGCCACCAAACAACAUGGGAGGAGUGCCCCCACCACCAAAUAACAUGGGAGGUCCACCGCCUAAUGCAGGAUGGGGGAGUCCUGGGCAAUACCAAGGUAACUACACACCAGGCAGGGACGAUGGAGGCAUCCCCGGUACAAACCGUUACUGA